CCAAGGGAGAACGCUUGCGAGAAGAGAGAAGACGCUACCGAGGAUUCCGUCGCCGUCAGAUCUGUUGCACCGCCGUUGAGGGAGCUCGUCACCGCCGUGCUUCCAUCAAUGCCGUGGAUCUGCUCCAUCGCCGAACUGAACUAUGAAUGAAGGGUCAGAACACGAAGGGAAAAGGAGACACCUUCCACCACUGUCUCACCGCCAGAGUCGUGUCACUAUCGCAAACCGCCACCGUUCUGGCUGCCAGAAGCCGUUGCCGUUCUGGCUACCGGAAGCCACUGCCGAGCCUUUGCCUUCUUGGGUUGAGUUCUGAUGAUUUCAUAUCAAAAUUAAGGUUGCCAGUGGACCACCGGAAUUUCUGGCCGCUGUCGGAGCUGCCGCCGGGUCAGUUCGGGAUUGCAGCUGGUCCGUUUUACUAUUAUCGAUUGAGUUAUCGGGAUUGCCUGUUGCGAUUAAAGCCGUUUCUGCUAUUGCGGAAGUGAACAGACCUGUGGUUGAAGCUGUAAUUGAUUUCGGGAUGAGAGAAAAUGUUCUUGUGACGCAUCAAGUUUAUGGGUUCAACUUUUCGAGGUAGGGGUUU